UGGGAAAAUUAUGUAUUUUAGAACGAGUUACAUUUGAAUAAUAAUAAUCGCAUGAAUAUAAUUAUUAUUACACAUUUGUCAACUAGUUUAAAUACAGUCAAUUUAUUGGAGCCAUAUGUCUGCUAGAAUGGUGUCCAGAGGUGGUAAAACCAGAUUUUUCGGUUUCGUGUGCAUGGUUUUGGUCUUUUCAGCCAUAUUAUACGUGUUUCAUGAAACCCAAGUGGAGCUGGAUAAUGUUCGACACUCUUCCUCUUCUUGCUCUCAUCAACUUGAAUCUAUUUCAUCACAGUUACAAGUCAUUGUCGAGCAUAAGCUGAAGUUGGAGAGAUCAUUGGAAGAUGAAAAACAGGAACAUCUUAAAACCAAGGAUGAGCUUAAUGCAAUUAUUCAAGACGAGAAACAAUUGCGCGAUAAGCAAAAUGUUGACUCAAUGAAUCGUUAUAAUGAAAUAGAACGAAACCAUGAAGUAUUGCAAGAGGAAGAAAAAAAAAUAAGGAGAGAAUUGGAAACAUUAAAACUAAAUUACAUAGGAGAAAAAAAGAAAUCUGCACAACUCGCUUUCGAAUUGGAUAAUGUAAAAAUGCAACUACAAAACUUUAUAAACGAAAAGGUUAAAUUGAAAAGUGAAAAAGAAAACAUUGAAAAUUAUCAAAAUAAUAAUCUACUUAACUCAAAAGAAAUUUCUGAUACAAAAUAUGUACAAAAGUCUAUUGAUAAUUCAAAUGUCACUAAAUUAAAAUCUGGUUCAGUGACUCCAGCAAUCAAUCCACAAGCAAUUGAUGAUGCAACUGCUAAGAGUUCAACACCCAUGAUUAGUUCAAAAGUGAUGUCUGACAAUAAAACUCAACUCAAUGAAAAGGAUAAUGCAAAUCCAAUUAAUCAACCAAGUAUAGAUCCAAGCUCUAUUAAUUUAUCUAAUAUUGCUAUGGUAUCUCAAAAUGAAAAUAAUUUGGCACAAGAAUCUCAAGUUAACGAAAAUGAAAUUAUGAAGGCUAUGGCAGCACCACCUCAAGAAGAGAUACUUCAGAAAGAACAACCUAAUAAUAAUGAAGAAGAUAAAUUACCAAAACCAAAAAAUAAUUCAUAUGAUGAUGAAGCAGAGCAAUUCAAAGAAGAUGGUGAGCUAGAGAAAGAUGAUGAAGAUAUGAAUGAUUUUGAUGCUAGAGAAGAAAGUCAACCUGUGCGCCAAUAAUUGUAUUUAUAUUUUGUUACAAAUAUAUACAGUUAUCAUUACACCAGAUAGAAUAUAAUUGAACAGUCGCUUUAAUCAAAGAAAACAAUGGAUUUAUUUAAUAAAUAUUGACGCCAUAAGUAUAUUUUAAUUUUUAUAUAAUUA